AUGUUUAACAUAAGGGUUUUGAAGCUCGAAGACAGAAAUGGAACGCUUUACGUUGAUGAAGACUAUCCGGACGAGGAGAUUAAAAUGCAAAUCUUCCAUGACUUUCCAGUCAAUUUGGUCCAGAAUGUGGAGGAUAAGCAUGCUUUGCUGGCACAAAAUGCAUGUAGCGAGGCUAUUACAUGGAUGCAAGAGGUCACUGGACAGUUUCUCACGGGAAUUGCUGCCAAGAUUGCAGAAGUCGGUGUCACACCGAAAAACGCAAAGAGAAGACUGGUUCAAGGUCAUUCUUACGGUGGCGCAUACAGUCUCGAUCUCACGAGCGCUCAAUAUGGCUAUUAUCUUCCAGUGACACCAUGGCCCCAAUACCUUGACAAUCGUGUCUCGAAAAUCUACAGCUCAGGAGAAUUUGGUGACGCAAAGAAUGAAUACACAACGCUUAUUAAUGACCCAGCCGACCCCAUCGCUGAGAUUGGCCACAUAAACCAAGGCUGCUCUGACGCAAUGAAAGCGGCACAGUCAAGUGGGAAACAGAAGUCGGCAUGCCGAUAUCUAGCUUCUUGA